AUGGCGAUGCAGGUUAAAUUGUGUUAUAGACAAGGCGAUUUGUGGGAUAUUAUGGAACAUUGUGAGAGUUUAUGUGACAUAGCAUCUGAUGAGCUUAUCUCUUCCACGGAUGCUUUUUAUCUCAAGACAAGAAAGCCUUAUACCAUCACAAAACAAAGAGAGAAAUGGACAGAAGCAGAGCAUGAGAAGUUUGUUGAAGCUUUGAAACUCUAUGGCAGAGCCUGGAGACGAAUCGAAGAACAUGUUGGAACAAAAACAGCUGUUCAGAUCCGAAGCCAUGCUCAGAAGUUCUUCACCAAGGUUGCUCGUGAUUUCGGAGUUAGCGCUGAGAAGUCGAUUGAGAUUCCUCCUCCAAGGCCGAAACGAAAGCCGAUGCAUCCUUACCCUAGGAAGCUAGUGAUUCCGGAUGCUAAAGAGAUGAUAUACUCUGAUCUUGCCGGAGCUAAUAAGUUGGUUUCAGAUGAAGAAGACCGGUCUCCGACUUCGGUUUUAUCAGCUCAUGGAUCAGAUGGUUUAGGCUCCAUGGCUUCAAACUCACCUAAUUCUUCUUCAGCUGAUUACCAGCUCUCUCCGGUAUCAUCUCACACUGAGGAAUCGCUGUCUCCAGAAGCAGAGACCAAACAAAGCCUUAAGCUUUUUGGAAAGACUUUUGUAGUUGGUGAUUACAACAGCUCUUGGACUAGCUCUGAUGAUUCUUCUUCAGAAAACGCUGAAACAGAAUUGACACGGACGGAGUUUAAAAGAAGCGAGAGAUCGGCGUUUUCUCAGAUGAAAUCGUCGGUGGUGAUGGAGAUGAAGAAUAUGAAAGGGUUCAUGCCAUACAAAAAGAGGAUAAAGAUGGAACAAGACAGUGACUGUAGUGUAGUGAAGAUGUCAUAUCCUUUGUGUUUUGUGUAA